AUGUCUAAUACACCACCGAGGCAAAAUGGUACACAAAAACAAACCCUGGUUACUUCCGUUGAAAAACGUUCUCUUGAAAAUAUCGAAGAUGAUCUUCUCGAUAUCGAAAUUCAGAUUAGAGAUUUAAAAAAAAAAA